AUGGACGCGGAUGCCGACGUUGAGAAGGGCCACACCAAUGGCUACAACCCUUCCGAGGGUGGCCACUCGCGCCCGGGCAAGUCGAUGUCAAAGGCGCUCUCGAAGGCGUUCUUGUCGGCCGGGAUGGUCGUGUCCGUCAAGAAUGUCACCUACACCGUGAUCAACAGCCAGAACAAAAAGGAAUCCAUUAGCCUGCUGAAGGACGUGGGCGGCUACAUCCUGCCCGGCGAGAUGACGGCGCUCAUGGGUCCCUCCGGCUCCGGUAAGACCACCCUGCUCGACCUGCUGGCCGGCAGGAAGACUGUGGGGCACAUGGACGGCCAGAUUGCGUUUGCAGGCAACAAGCCGACCCCGCAGGCCUGCCUGUAUGCCCCGCACCUGUCCCCUGCGCCUGAAUUCUGUCCCUAUGCCACCGCUUGCUACGUGGAGCAGUUUGACACGCUGCUGGGCACUCUCACUGUCGAGGAGAUGCUUAUGUACACUGCGGAGCUCAAGCGCCCCAUCUCUCAGAGCCACGACGUCAAGAAGGCGGCGGUGGAGGAGCUGAUUGACGUGCUGGCGCUGGAGGGCUGCCGCAACGUGCUCAUCGGCAGCGCGCUUUCCAAGGGCAUCUCAGGCGGGCAGGCCAAGCGCGUCAACAUCGGCAUUGCACUUGUCACUAACCCGCGCGUGCUCUUCCUGGACGAGCCGACGUCGGGCCUGGACAGCUACACGUCCAACGAGGUGAUGACGGUGGUGAAGCAGCUGGCCUCCCACGGCAUCACCGUGUGCGCCACCAUCCACUCCCCCACCCCCUACUGCUUCAACCUCUUCGACCGCCUCAUGCUGCUCCUGCGCGGCUCGGUCGUCUAUUUUGGGCCCAACGGCAAGCUGGCAAUCGAGUACUUCCACACCCGCUGCCCCUCCAUCGCGGGCAUCAAGGAGGGCGAGAACGAGGCGGAGUGGAUUGUGGACCUCACCACGCAGGCCGACCGCCAGGGCCGCUCCGUCGACUUUGCCGCCGCCUUUGCGGGCAGCGAGCUGAAGGCUGCCGCCGAUAAGGAGCUGGAGCAGCUGCUGGUGGAGGCGGAGGAGAUGGACGAGGCCACAGAAAAGGACAUGGCUGUGAAGCGGGAGACGGUGACGCCGUUCUGGUGGGCCCUCAAGACGCUGUUCAAGUACCGUACCGCCAAGAACUACAGGUCCCCUGACUACCUGGGCCCACGCGUCGCCGACAAGCUCAUCUUUUCGCUGAUCAUUUUCACGCUCUACUGGAAAGUGGGAAAGAACAUGAACCCCGACAACAUCACCAACAUCGCGGCCGUGCUGUUCAUGUGGGUGUGCCUUCCAGCCUUUGGCGCCGCCAGCUACGUGCCGGCCAUCGUGCUGGAGCGCCCGCUGUUUGUCAGGGAGCGCAACGACGGCCUUUAUCGCGUCAUCACCUACCUUGUGGCCAAGAUUUUGGAGGAGCUGGGCAUCGCCCUCAUCAACUCCAUCGUGUUUGCCAACCUGGUGUUUUGGACGGUGGCGCUGAAGGGCAGCUUCGCCAUCUUCUGGCUCAUCUACUUUGUCACCCUGUCCACCGGCAUCGUGCUGGCCUACACCGUCGCCGCCCUCUCGCCCAACAUGGAUGUGGCCAAUGCCGCCCUGCCCACCUAUGUCGUGUCCCUCCUCUUCUUCUCCGGCUUCCUGGUGCGCUUUGAUGCCAUCCCCAACUACUGGAAGUGGUACAGCUACAUCGACUUCCUCAAGUAUGCGUGGGGGGCACUCAUGAAGAACCAGUUCAACGGCGACCGCAAUGUGCAGUUUGUGGAGGGCACCACCGUGCUGGACUACUACGGCCUGGCCGGCAUCAACCCCUGGGUCUGGCUGGUCAUCGAGGCCUGCUUCUUCAUCACCUUCUUCGGAUUUGCCUUCCUGGCGCUUUCGUAUGUGAGGCACGUCAAGCGGUAA